AUGGAAACAGAACCAGAGGAUGUAAUGCCAGAAUCGUCAUUUGAUAAGGACCCAUUUCAAAUGACAGUGGAGGAUGUGUAUGACAUCUCCCAUGUAAUUGGCCAAGAUCUUCUGAAGAUCAACAAAGAGGCUCGUGGGGCAUCAGACAUUGUAGCUGACCUUCAGUUUAAGAUUGUCCGAGUGUUGGAGGUGCUGGAAACUUUGGUGAACCAGUCAAGUCUUACUGCAGAGGAGCUCAAAAUGGAACGUGAUAACCUAAAGGCUGAGGUUGAAAGGCUACUAAGAGAAAACUCACAGUCUGGACAGACAGAUCCUGGGCCAGACAAAAUGAUCAUUGAUUUGACAGACCCAAAUCGGCCACGGUUUACCCUGCAAGAGCUGAGGGAAGUGUUACAAGAACGCAACAAGCUGAAAGUUCAGCUCUUGGUUGCUCAGGAUGAGUUGCAGUGUUAUAAAAGUGGUGUCAUUCCUCCAACUGAGGACCAUAUCAUUAUGCUGGAGGAUGAAUCCAUAAUUACAACCUCUCCAAGGUCAAAUGAAGGCCACAAAGAGAAGUCAUCAGUGAAAAGCCUGUUCUCAUUUAAACAAGAAAAACAAGUACAGUAA